UGCUGACCGCAAACAGACUACAAAAAAGACAAGCAUUCUUCUGCUUGGCACCACAGUCUUCACACGACAGCUUCAACCUGCUACCGGACUUUCUCCGACACAACCGCCACGAUGCCGUCGAUGGUCAGAGAUAUCAACACCAAGGACGAGUUUGAUGCACUCCUGGCUGACAGCAAUGAAAAGCUGGUGGUGGUGUACUUCUCAGCCGAAUGGUCCGGACUCUGCAGGAUGAUGGUGAAUGUGUUUGAGGAUGUGGCUGCGCAUAACUCUGACGUCAUCUUUGCUAAGCUGGACGUCGAUAAGAAUGGCGAGACCGCUAGUCACUGUGACAUCAGCUCCGUCCCUAUAUUCCACUGCUACAAGAAUGGCAAAAAGGCUGACGAGUAUUCCGGAACCGCUUAUGAGCAGAAGUUGCAGAGGGAACUUGUGGACAAGAACAAGGAGGAGUGACUCGCUCAAGAUCGUACCUAGCAUAGAAACGUCAGAGUUAGCGGGUCAAACUGUUAAAUUAAUGUUUAGAUUUGUCCAUAAUAGAGUAACAUUUGCUUAAAAAAAUUCGUGCUUAAUGGGAAUCAACAAAAUAGUUAGACUAUUCACCUCAAUUUCUUAGAAGUACUGUUUUUUCAUCAUUUUGUAACGUUUCUAUCAUAUUUGCACCUGUUUAGACAUGAAUCAUGUUUGAAAGUCAGCGCAGUACUAAUAGAAUAAUAAAACGUAGUUGAACAUUUGGCACAUUGUUAUAUUAACAUUGUUAAGAUUUGAAGUUGACCAGGAUGCUUAUUGCAAGAUAUAAUGUACACGUUUUAGAUGCACAGGUUAUUGUACACAUUUAUUCUUAAGGCUACACACUCUAUGUCUUGAGACAGGUGUACACGUUAAAACGACUAAAGGCUUUUGAGGGUCCAUGUUUAAGUUCACAUUUCUUAUGAUAUACUGUGAAAUGAUAUUAAAUACUAACAUGGCUGAAAAGUGUAA